UUUGGUGUCGUUUCUGGAUCAUUGAUUUUCUCCUCCAGCCCGCAGGCACGGAGCACCGCAGCGAGACACCCACAAGGGCUGCAUUCUUCAUUGGCUGAUGUGGCCCCAGCCAACCGGCCAGUCGGCCCUUGAAUCCCCUUCGUACACCGUCACUUUGCUUGUAAACUUCCAAUACCACUAUAAACAUCUUAUUCAUGGACUCACACAGCGCCGCUAUCGACUCGCUGCCGUACAUUGACAAGGAGUAUGACGACCCCUCCAUGCGCGACCAGGUCAGCUCGCUGAUCCAAAAAGAAAUGGGCCGUAUGUCGCCUCCUCUGCUGCCCAAAUCCACCACACUCUUCAAGAACAACGACCUUCUGCGCAAAGAGUAUGAGCGCGUGCGUGCUGGAAAGCCCCUGCCGGAAUUUGAUAUUGAGCGGUACAAACUGGAAGCACCUGAGGAUUCCGACAACGUUGGCAUAUGGAGAUCUGCGGCGGACAAUGCCGCGGCUCAGCUUGAGCACCAGAACAUCCGCCUGGUAAACCUGGAGUUGCUGCAGCAGUUUGGCGCGAAUGCGUGGAAGCUGAGCAAUUACCAGAAGGAGGGGCUGCUGAGGAAUAUCGAGAAAGCGACAGACCGGCACCGGGAUGAAGGCGUAAAUGUCAACAAGGCACGGAAAUAUGAGCAAACAGAGGCAGGGAUCAAGCUCAGGGACAUCGAGGAGAGGUGGACAGAGGGCGUGAAAAAAUGCAUCGAUAUACAGGUCGCCAGCAGUGAACUAAAGGGCGAAAUUGCACAGCUGGAAGCAGAGCUAGCAAGAAGAUCUCAAUAGCUGUUGUACUGAGUAGAAUCGACUCUGGUGCUUGUAGGAAACCAUUAAAUAAUCCGCAGUCUUUGCCUGAUUCACGCUGCUUGGAAAGGCUUUAGAAUUGGAUACCAUGUGAAGAGAAUGUCAUCACUGAACCCACCCGUCCCUGCCUUUCUAGACCACUCACGAAGGGAGCAAAUUCCGGUACUGGUACCAGUGUCCAUGCGCUCAGAUAUUAGCUUUCAGUUUCUUAAAUUGACUUUUUAGUUCUACUCAUUAACACAACUGGGCCUGGCACGCAAAUGACUGUUUCUUCGUUUCAUUCUAGCUAUCUUUAUUUACGC